ACUGAUCCAAGCGGCCCACCAGACGGGCUCCGAUUCGCAUUUUUUUCAAAAUUUCAGUCCAGUCAAAAUUUUUGUAGGAAAAUCUUUUGAUUUUACAGUUUAUUUAUAUUUAUUUUGCACCAGGAUUAAUCAAAAUUACUAGUGAUCAUCAUGAGGGAGUGCAUCUCGGUGCACGUGGGCCAGGCGGGGGUGCAGAUGGGCGUGGCCUGCUGGCAGCUGUACUGCCUCGAGCAUGGCAUCCGACCGGACGGCACGUUGCCCGCCUGCGAGACAGACCCAAACGCAUCAGACUCCUGCUUCAACACCUUCUUCUCUGAAGCAGAUAGAGGAAAAAUGGUCCCCAGGGUGGUGAUGGUCGAUCUGGAGGCAACUGUAAUAGACGAAGUCCGUUCCGGUGAAUACCGCCAACUAUAUCAUCCUGAGCAGCUAAUAACUGGCAAAGAGGACGCGGCGAACAAUUAUGCACGAGGUCAUUACUCCACCGGACGAGAAGUAUUGGGUCCAGUCAUGGAGCGAGUGAGGAAGCUGGCCGACCAAUGCACAGGACUACAGGGUUUCUUCGUAUUCCACUCUUUUGGCGGCGGUACUGGCUCUGGGUUUACGUCACUUCUUAUGGAGAAGCUUUCUGAUGAAUUCGGCAAAAAGAGUAAACUGGAAUUCGCCAUUUAUCCAGCACCACAGGUGUCAACGGCGGUCGUGGAGCCUUACAAUGCAGUAUUGACGACACAUGCCACCAUCGGCCACUCGGAUUGUGCAUUCAUGGUAGACAAUGAGGCCAUCUAUGACAUCUGCCGUCGGCGAUUGUCAAUCGAGAGACCAUCAUACGCCAACCUCAAUAGACUAAUAUCACAGGUGGUGUCGUCAAUAACAGCGUCGCUUCGGUUUGACGGUGCACUAAACGUUGACCUGACCGAGUUCCAGACGAACCUAGUACCAUAUCCACGCAUCCACUUCCCGCUCGCUGCAUACGCACCAGUUGUUUCUGCUGAUAAAGCGUACCACGAAGGCAUGUCAGUAUCGGAGAUCACCGCGGAGCUGUUCGAGCCGCAGAAUCAAAUGGUGAAGUGCGAUCCUCGAGACGGCAAAUAUAUGGCGUGCUGUCUGUUGUACCGCGGUGAUGUGGUGCCUAAAGACGUUAACGCUGCCAUCGCAGCCAUGAAGGGCAGAGCGGGCAUACGAUUCGUCGACUGGUGUCCCACUGGAUUCAAGGUUGGCAUCAACUAUCAACCUCCUUCGGUGGUGGCGGGCGGGGACCUGGCGCAAGUGAAGCGCGCCGCGUCGAUGCUCAGCAACACCACCGCCAUCGCCGAGGCGUGGGGCAAGCUCGACCACAAGUUCGACCUCAUGUACUCCAAGCGAGCGUUUGUACACUGGUACGUCGGCGAAGGUAUGGAAGAAGGCGAGUUUUCAGAAGCACGCGAAGACCUAGCGGCCCUUGAACGUGACUAUGAUGAAGUGGGGAUCGAGACGUCUGACAUGCAACCUGGUUGUGACGAUGAACUAUAACGUUACCACGCAUUCGCACAAGGCGCCUUCGCUACCGCGACAUUGCAACAAGUUUUACCCGGUUAUUAUCCACUGUCUGAAUGCUUAGGAUAUUUGCACUUAAUAUUUCUGCUGCAAAUCUGAUUUGAAUGAUCACAGAUUUUUCCACACAUCUGUAUGAAUAUUACUGAUCUCAAAUGACAAGACAGUUGGAAGAUAGCUUUGUCGGUUUUGGAUAUAAGGUCAAGAUUGCAAUCCUAACGACAGAAAUAAGAUUGCACUAAACAAAGAAUGACCUGUCCCAUUUUUAUACUCUGUAAUAAGGUACUGUUUUAACAUGGGAAUGAACUAUAUUCGCCACCUCGAGCUAGCUUGUUGGCUGCACGUAGAGACCAAUAUGGAGGCUGUAUCGUCGUCACCGAAGCGGACGCCACAAAACCGCGGCCGCAUUGAUAAUGUUGAUUAUGGCAGUUCAGUGGAAAAUUUUUAAAGGUUCGAAAAUGUCCGCCAAGGUCGGACGAUGCGAGUUGCCUUCCCCCGACCUGACAAGAGUACUCUGUCUUUUGCCUUCCAAGCAAUACUUUUGAAUAUAGACAUGUGAAAUGACGGAUUCAUAUGCCUGAUUAUUAAAAUUAAAGAGCUGAAUGUCAGCAGAGCUUUGUUUCUCCGUCGAGCAGUCUUGCGACGUGUUAAUUUUUUUUUCUCUUUGGAACUUUUUGCUAAAUUUUUAAGCAAAUACUGGACGGAGAAAUAUCUAUUUAAAACAUUUGAUAUUCAUUUUUGAAGUAUUUAAUGACGAAUCGCGCCGUGUGCGGAAAAUUUGAGGCUUAUACUUAUAAGUGUAAAUGUGUAGUAUUGUGUCUGUCCAUUUGUGUCGUGAAAACUGAAAAAGUAUUUCAUUGUACCGUCUGAAGUUCGCGUUUAAUAAAAUGUGUUCUUUC